UAUGAGUUUGGCAUUUGAUGACUAUGGCAGACCUUAUAUCAUUUUGAGAGAUCAAGGAUAAAAGAAAAGAAUGAAGGGUUUGGAGGCUUAUAAGAGUAAUAUUUUAGCUGCAAAGGCAAUUGCUAAUACUUUAUAGUCUUCACUUGGUCCUAAAGGUAUGGAUAAGAUGUUGGUUUCACCUGAUGGUGAUGUGUCAGUCACUAAUGAUGGUGCAACUAUAGUUGAAAAAAUGGUAACAAUAAUCCAAUAUUUAAUUAUUUAGGAAAUAUAACAUCCAACAGCAAAAUUAUUAGUUGAGUUGUCAUAAUCAUAAGAUGCUGAGAUAGGAGAUGGAACAACAGGAGUAGUUGUUUUGGCUGGAAAAUUAUUGGAAUAAGCAUUAACAUUGUUGGAUAAGGGAAUUCAUCCAUUGAAAAUUAGUGAUGGUUUUGAUAGAGCCUGUGAUGUUGCCAUAAGUAUAUAUUAAUAUCUUAUAAUUAGAACAUUUGGAGUAAAUUGCUGAAGAAAUAGACAUUUAAGCAAAUGACCAUGAAGCAUUAAUUUAAGCAGCUUGCACUGCUUUGGGAUCAAAAGUUGUAUCUAAGAGAAAAAGAGAAUUAGGAAAAAUAGCUGUAACUGCUGUUUUAGAUGUUGCUGAUCUUACAAGAAAAGAUGUCAAUUUAGACUUAAUUAAAAUUCAAACAAAAACUGGUGGUAGUGUUGAAGAUACCAGAUUAAUAUCGGGUAUCCUUAUUGACAAAGAUAUGAGUCAUCCAUAAAUGCAAAAGGAAGUUACAGAUGCUAAAAUAUGUUUAUUAACAUGUCCUUUUGAACCUCCAAAACCUAAAACAAAGCAUAAUAUCAAUAUUUCCAAUGCUGAAGACUAUAAUAAACUUUAUCAAUAAGAAUAACAAUACUUUAUUGACAUGGUAAAGCUUGUUAAAAAUAGUGGUGCUAAUAUAGCUUUAUGUUAAUGGGGAUUUGAUGAUGAAGCUAAUCAUUUAUUAUUAUAAAAUGAUUUACCUGCUGUUAGAUGGGUAUCAGGAACAGAUGUUGAAUUAAUUGCUAUGGCUACUGGAGCUAGAAUCAUUCCAAGAUUUUAAGAAAUUACACCUGAAAAAUUAGGAAAAGCAGGUUCUAUCAAAGAGGUCUAAUUUGGAACUUCAAAUGAAAGAAUGUUAGUCAUUGAAAAUUGUUAAUGCACUAAAGCUGUUACCAUUCUAAUUAGAGGAGGCAGUCAAAUGAUUGUUGAUGAAGCUAAAAGAUCUAUUCAUGAUGCAAUUUGUGUUAUUAGAAAUUUAAUUAAAGAUAACAGAAUUGUUUAUGGUGGUGGAUCUGCUGAAUUGGCUUGUGCUCUUCAAGUUUUAUAAUAUGCUGAUGAAGUAUAUUAUAAUUUUAAUAUAAAUUUUAGGUUUCUUCAGUUGAAUAAUAUGCAGUAAGGUCAUUUGCUGAUGCUUUAGAAGGUAUUCCAAGUUGUUUAGCAGAUAAUUGUGGUCUUAAUCCAAUUACAUCUGUAGCUUAAGCAAAGUCUAGAUAAUUGUCUGAGAAGAACCCUAGAAUUGGAAUAGAUUGUAUGGAUUUGGUAUAUCAUAUAAUAUAAUCAUAUAGGGUACAACUGAUAUGAAAGAGUAAAGAAUUUAUGAAACUUUGAGUUCAAAGAAAUAAUAAAUUUAGUUGGCCACUUAAGUUGUUAAAAUGAUAUUAAAAAUAGAUGAUGUUAUUGCUCCUGAUGACUAUUGAGU